AUGGGCCACCAAAACCACCAGGAUCACCAAUCCAAGGUCUUCUACGAGCUCUCCGCUCUAGUCUUGAACAUCAUUCGCUCGCCGCCCACCGCCGACCACCACUCUCCGCGGCAGAGGUGGGACGCCAUCUCCUUCCAGAGCAUGACGCCGGCGGGAUUCGCCUCCCUGCUCCUCGGGAUCUCGCUCUCGCUCAUGCUCUGUGGAUCGGUCAGGUUUUACUUAGGUUUUAUGUUGAUGCCUUGGGUUCUUGGAUUGGUUGUGUUCUUGUAUUUUGUGGGGAUUGUUUCCAGCAUUUCGAUGAUUGGGAGAGCCAUUCUCUGUCAUAAUCCCGCGCCUCCUUCGCCCACCAAGGAGAUUCCUUGUGACUAUUGCUGCCAAUUUUGCUCCGAUUUUGGUUCAAGAUUCAAUUAG